AAAAAUAAAAAAAACGUCAAACAGACGUCAAAAUUCGACGCAUGGUUGUUUUGGAAUGUGGAGUGGAAUUUUGUCGAAAGAAAUUAUUUUUUAUUAAUUUGUGAGUAAAAUGUCUAAACAGAAACUAUUUGAUGAUGAUUCCGAUGAAGAUAUAGCAAUAAAAACUGAAAAUGAGUAUGCAAAAAAAUAUGAUACUUGGCGAGGAAAGGAAGAAAUGCAUAAACUGGAACAGAAGUAUGGACCUGAUGCUCUACUCUCGGGGGGUUCAGGAACGUCUGAUAGCGAAGACGAAAGCGACGAACCUCUAGAAGAUAACGAGGAGAUGGAAACGCAAUUCUUGAAGACCCUAGCGCUUCUGAAAACAAAAGAUCCCAGAAUCUACGAUCCUGAUUUCAAAUGUUUUGAAGAAGAUACGGAAAAAGAACCAAUAAAAGAAUCGAAAUCCAAAACUUUGACAUUUGAGGACAAUGAUGAUGAUGAAGAUGAAGACGGAGAAAUCUUCAAGAUAGAAAAGAAAGCAGAAAUAGAUGAUAAUACUACUGUAAAUACAGAGGGAACAGGAAGAAGUAAGAAGAAUAAAAAGGAAGGCAAGUUGAAAGAAUAUUUAACAGGGCGAGCAGAGCAUAUUGAUGACGAAGUAGAAAAAGAUCUGGCACCACUGAAAGCUCUGUGGUCUGACCCAAAGCUCAAUGAAGGGGAAGCCUUUUUGAGGGAUUACAUAUUGAAUAAAAGAUACUUGGACGAAGACGCGGGCGAGUCAGCUGAGAAAGUGCGCGACGAUACGGAGCUUGAGGUCGACGAGCAGACGGUAGAGGAGCAGGCCAAGUUCGAGCGGGCUUACAACUUCCGCUUCGAAGAGCCGGACGAACAAUAUUUGAAACGUUACCCUCGCACCAUGGACUACAUCCGGCCCAAGGACGACAAGCGCGCGCGCAAGCGAGCCGAGAUACGGGCGAGGAAGGAGGAACAGAAGACCAGGCAGAUGGAGGAGAUCGCCAGGCUCAAGGCGCUCAAACUGAAGGAGAUACAGGAGAAGAUAGCUAAGAUCAAGGAGGUCACCGGCAACCAGGACCUCGCCUUCAAAGAAGAGGAUAUAGAGGGCGAGUUCGAUCCUGCGGAGCAUGACCGCCGCAUGAAGGCGUUGUUCGACGAACAAUUCUACGGGGAAGCUGACCACGCCAAGCCAGUCUUCCCUGACCUCGAUGAAGACCUGGAGAUCGAGAAUUGGGAUAACUAUGAAGAGGAGAAGGAACACUAUCAGAAUGAAGAUGAACCUCAUUGUGAAGAUGACGAUUUCAAUAUGGACGCUGACUAUGACCCAAAAAAAUCGAAAAAAGAUCUCCUCGAAGAGAUACAAAAGACAUUGGGCAAGAAGCGUCGGAACAGAAAACGUCAAUCGAAGCUAUCCCAACUGUUGGCCACGGAGAAGCCCAAGUUCUUGCCAUUGGCUGCUGAAAGAAGCUACGCUGAACAUAUGGAGGAAUACUACAAGAUGGAUUGUGAAGAUAUUGUGGCCGGGAUGCCUACCAGGUUCAAGUAUAGGCAGGUGGUGCCUAAUGACUACGGGCUCACUGUUGAAGAGAUCCUGCUGGCAGACGACAAGGAGUUAACCCAGUGGGUGCCUCUGAAGAGGAUCGUGAAGUACAGAACCGAAGCCGCCGAACGCGGGGACUUCGCCCUCUACCAGCAAAGAGCCCAAGACGGAGCCCUGAAGGCCCGUCUCCUGCCCUCCCUGCACCGCCCUUUGCCACAAGAGCCAGAAAUUGCUGUGCCGUUAAAAGAAACAAAGAAGAAGAAAAAGAAAAACAAACAGAAAAAUGUAGAUGAGAAAAAUGAAAUUGUAGAGUCUGAGUGUAAAGACGAAAUAGAAAAUAACGGCAGUACCGAGCAACCAGACGAGAGUGUAACAAAUGAAUCAAAUAAGGAAAGUAAGAAAAACAAGAAGAAGAAGAAGAAACUCAAAUUCACAACAGAGCAGCAAGAUAUAAGCAAUGUUGCUAUUGAUAAUUCAGAUGAAGAAAAGGUUGAAGAAGUUACAGAUAUGCAUAAAGCAAAGAAAUCAAAACGGAAACGAAAGUUGGAAAACGAAGACAGUAUAGAUAAUAAUCUAGCUAGUAAGGAUUAUAAAAAAGCUAAAAUAGAGAACAAGUUGAAUAGUGAAGAAAGUGACUUACCGUGUAAUAGUAUGACAGGCGAAGAAAAUAUUAUUGAAGUAAAAAAUAAGAAAAAGAAACAUAAAAACAAGUUGAAAAAUCCCCAAAUAAGUUAUAAUGAAAUGAAUGGGGAAUGUUCGGUACAGAAUAACUUUAAAAUUAAAUCAACAGAGAAACUUGAAGAAAUGGAAGAAAAUGACGAAACUCAUACAAAGAGUAACAAAAUUAAAGUGUCUAUAGACAAACAGAAAUCUAAAGCACAACUAAAUAGCAAAAUUUCUAAUACCAAUGUAAGAAGAGACGAUAAGAAAUUUGGUAAAAUGAAAAAUAGCAAGAAAAAUAAAUUUAACAACAAAAAGAAUUCUAAAGAUAGUAAAACUUCCAAUGAAAAUCCACUCGGAAAACUUUCUGAUGAAAGACUAAAAGCUUAUGGAUUAAAUCCUAAGAAAUAUAGAGGAUUUUUAAAAUACAAGAAAUUUUAAUUUACAUUUUUACAUAAAGUAAACAUUUAUAAAAUUGUUAAUAAUAAAAUCGUUUUAUUUAACUUUGUCUUUUUACUUUA